UCGACGUCAAAAGCUGUCAAAUAUGGCGAAGGCAGCGAACGAGCGGUAAUUGACAUGUAAAAAUGUGAAUAGGCCUGCCGCGCGACCGCAACGUCGAUUUGCGCCUCGAGGAGAGGGAGCGAACGCACCUGCGACGGCUGACACGGGUGUCACGCGUGCGAAUCAACGGGACAGGACCGACGACAGUGACGACGACGACGAGGGCGACGACGACGACGAUGAUGGUAAUGAUGAUGUCGGGCUCGCCGGUGCCCGAUCGCCGGAAGUGAGAAGUGCGCAAGGGUGGGUUGCGGACGGGUCACGCAACUCGCGGUCGGGCCGGAGUCGGAGCACACGAGGGUAUGGUAUAAUCGCCGGACAGCCAUGGGUGCACAGCAGACCAAGGACAGGGUGAUCCCCGCCGGGUCGACCGUGCGGCAGACGCGCAAGCAGCCCAGGAACCUCAAGGAAUCGCGCAUCGUAGGCUCUAACAUAUUCACCGAGCACAGUGAGGCUCUCUUGCAAAGUAGGCCACUACCUCACAUUCCAGCAUUGCCAGAAGGUGAUCCUCCAAGUGGCUCUAGUGUUCAAUCAAUUUCACAGCAAACUAAUGUUCAACAACAUACUAGUGUGUCUGCUACUGGACUUCUUGAAGCAGCAAAUAGAUGGACCAGCAAAGAAAAUCUGUUGGCGCAGGAGGAAGAUGAUCCUCAAUUAUUCGUCGCCUUGUACGAUUUUCAAGCUGGUGGGGAAAAUCAACUGAGUCUGAAGAAAGGUGAACAAGUGCGUAUCCUAAGUUACAACAAAAGCGGCGAAUGGUGCGAGGCGCACUCGAGCACUGGUCAGGUGGGAUGGGUACCGUCGAAUUACGUGACUCCCGUUAAUUCCCUGGAGAAGCACUCUUGGUAUCACGGAAGAAUAUCCAGGAACGCUGCCGAGUAUCUCCUGAGUUCGGGGAUAAACGGUAGCUUCCUCGUACGGGAGUCGGAAAGCAGUCCCGGCCAGCGCAGCAUCUCGCUGAGAUACGAGGGCCGCGUGUACCACUACAGGAUCAACGAGGACAGCGAGGGCAAGAUGUUUGUGACGACGGAAAGCAAAUUCAACACGCUGGCGGAACUGGUGCAUCAUCAUUCAAUGCUUGCCGACGGCCUCAUUACGCAACUGCUGUACCCCGCACCGAAGCACAAUAAGCCUACCGUCUUCCCGUUGAGUCCGGAGCCGGACGAAUGGGAGAUCAAUCGAACGGACAUAGUGAUGAGGCAUAAACUAGGGGGCGGCCAAUACGGCGACGUGUACGAAGCGGUCUGGAAGCGAUACAACAUGACCGUGGCUGUUAAAACACUCAAGGAGGAUACGAUGGCGCUGAAGGAUUUCUUGGAGGAAGCUGCCAUAAUGAAAGAGAUGAAGCAUAGGAACCUGGUGCAAUUGCUGGGCGUCUGCACGCGUGAGCCGCCUUUCUACAUCAUCACGGAGUUUAUGAGCAAGGGAAACCUGCUGGACUACCUGCGAAACGAGAGUAAACACCAGAUCAAUGCCGUGGUGUUGAUGCACAUGGCCACACAAAUCGCGAGCGGCAUGAAUUACUUAGAGAGUAGGAACUUUAUUCACCGCGACCUGGCCGCCAGGAAUUGCCUGGUCGGCGAGAAUCACCUCGUCAAGGUCGCGGAUUUCGGUCUAGCUCGUCUCAUGAGGGACGACACGUACACGGCUCACGCCGGUGCGAAAUUCCCCAUCAAGUGGACCGCGCCGGAGGGUUUGGCGUACAACAAGUUCUCCACAAAGUCUGAUGUUUGGGCAUUCGGUAUUCUACUGUGGGAGAUCGCCACUUACGGCAUGUCCCCGUAUCCCGGUGUCGACCUAACCGACGUAUAUCACAUGCUGGAGAAAGGCUAUCGGAUGGAUUGCCCUCCUGGUUGCCCGCCUAAGGUCUACGAACUGAUGCGCCAAUGCUGGCAGUGGUCAGCGGCAGAUCGGCCAACGUUCAAGGAAAUACACCACUCGUUAGAAAAUAUGUUUCAAGAAUCGAGCAUCACUGAAGAAGUAGAAAAGCAGCUUCAGGGUGGAGGAGAUAUUCCAUUACUUUCGCAUAAGAAAUCGCAGACCGGGAGCACAGGGAAUAUACACGGUCUUGUCCUUGUAUCCGAACAGUUAUCUUCUUCGGGCAUAACGCAAGAAGGAGCCAGUUCGGUCACCAAGCUGAGCACGUUCAUGGGUGGCUUAUCAAGUAGGAGUAACAGCAACAUGGUCCAAAUGCGAAGAUCCACUAAUAAGAAGGGAAAGCAAGCGCCGGCGCCUCCUAAGCGAACGAGCUUGCUGUCGUCAUGCAGUUCAUUCCGAGACUCCGCCUACCAAGAGCAAGACCAGCAAAAUGUCGAAGUGAGCACUAUGACGCUUGACGAUGGCACAGAUCUAAAUGGUAUUGAUAAGAUUUUUGAAGGUAUCACACGUGAUCUCGUGACAAUGGCUACACAGUCAAUUACUACAGGAGGUUGCGAUUUGGACGACGACGGAGAUGGGUCGCAAGGGACAGCCGAACAUAACUUUAUUCCUCCACCGUCGACCUCGCCGGAACCUGUAUCCAACUUACCGUGCAAUCAGAAACAAAUAAAAUCUCGACCUUACACGUCUAAGGAGGUACUGCCUCAGAAGCUGGUACAUGUGGGUGCACUGGAGGUGCAAAAUGUUAAGCGGGCGAUCAACCGUUACGGCACGCUGCCGAAGGGCGCCAGGAUCGGGGCGUACUUGGAGUCGCUGCGGCAGAGCGGUAUGCCGUCGAACCAGGAGAACGUCCCGGUCGCGGCCAGCUUGUCCACCGCCCUGGAGCAGCAGCAGGAGAACGCGGCUGGCGUCGUCGACACCGCGCCGCAGCAUCGCUCGCUGUCGCCCCGUCAGAACAACCUGCGUAGCCAGCCGCAGAUGACGCGCAGCAACUCCUCGAGCGGCGUGGUGAACACCUACCAGCCGCCGAACUCGCCUCGCAGCCGGGCCGUGGCCGCUCGCAAGAACAACGUCGACGGCAUCGGCCUGCGAACGUUCCGCGCGCCCAACAACUCCAGCUUCCGCACCGCCAGCCCGUCCAGAUCGAUCCAGCCGACCUUGGCCGACCUGGAGUUCCCGCCGCCGCCGGUGGACCUGCCGCCGCCCCCGGACGAAGCCUUCGGCGACCAAUGCGACCUGCCGCUGCCGGCGACCGCGUCGCCGUGCACCGAGACCUCGCACAAGACCACGGCCAGCUCGCCGAUCGGCAUCAGGAAGCUGAAGACGGAGUGGAGAAGUAAGGACGAGGUGAGUGACGAUCAGGAGGAGCGGAACAGCGACGUGAGGAACUCGGAGCCGUCGGUGAAGGAGGCGAGCUCGCGCUUCGGCGUGAACCUGCGGCGCCGGGACACCUCCGGCGACGCGCACGCCGCCAAGUCGGACGAGAAGAAGAUGGUGUACAAGCCCAAGGAGACGAGCUCCGUGAUCGCGAAGGUAGAGCCGGCGGACGCGCACCCCGUCUCCGCGCCCGAGGAAGCGCCGCCGCCACCUCCGCCGCCGCCGCCGCCCGUCGGCAACACCGCCGACACUUUCGAGUUGAAGCCCGGCAUGAAGGAGAUGCUGGAGCUCAAGCUGAUCAACGAGAUCAAGCAGAGCGCGGACAUGAAGCACGGCGCCGGUGGCGCGAAGAAGACCGGCGCGGCCAACAGCGCGCCCUCGUCCGCGGCGCCGCUCGACCCGGCGUCGCAGUUGCUGUCCGAGCUGUGCGCCAGCUUCAGCAUGGACUCGGCGAACAGGCAGCAGCAGCAGCACGUCGCGAGCGAGUACGCGAUCACGACGUUGAAAGGUACCGGCGACGUGCUCAUGUCCGCCGGUGGCAGCGUGCUCCAAGAGCACCACGUGACCACGCAGACCACGCUCGAGAGGAGCGCCGCUCACAAGGAGAUGGUUCCGCUGACCUCGCCCAUCACCGAGGGCAUCCUGAGCGCCACGAACGUGGGCUUCAAACUGAAGAAGGUCGACAAGCGGAGCAACGUGCCGAAAGAGGAGAACCCAGAGGGCCAGCAGAUCAUCGACUUCAAGGCGCGGUUGCGGAAGGUGGACAACGCCGACAAGGAGCGCGACGAGAAGAGCGGCAGGCGGUUCGACGACACGGCGAGCAUCGUCGCGGACUCGACCGAGUCGUCCGGUGUGGACGACCCGAACGACGAUAAACGCCGCAGCACCGGCAGCAUCAGCAGCCUGAAGAAACUCUGGGAGAACAAAGAGGCUUCUUGUGAUAACCAACCGCUCAGCCCGAAGCUGAACGUGCGCGGCCCCGGCAAGCAGGACGUCGGCGACGCCAGCGAGGACUCGCCGGAGGAUCACAGCGGCGCGUCCACCAGGAGCUCCACCAGCAAAGACGACCCGCGGAUCUGGCCGCCGCCGACGUCCUCCUCCUCGGUCGGCCCGUCGGAGGUGGAGAAGCCGAUCGUGCCGGCGAAGCCGCUCAAGCCUCUCGGGACCUCCAGCAAGCACUUCGGUUCCUCCAUUUACGCGACGCCCAACUGCAACAAGCCGCCGUCGCAGUCGCAGGGUGACGACGACAGCAAGCAGGCGGCCGGCGGUGAGAAGGGGGCGAAGCACAGCGUGAUCGAGAUCUCGAACGUCAUCGAGAAUAGCAUCCUGAACUUGAAGGGCAGCCCCACCAUCGUCAUAGCCAGCUGGCUGCAGCUGUCCGACAAGGUGGGCCUGCUGCACGGUAUGUGCGUCAACCUCACGGACACGGCGAUCGCGCCCCACGCUAGGUUCCAAUUCCGCGACCUGCUCACCAGGCUGGAGCUGCAGGCGCGGCAGCUGCGCGCAGCCGGCACGCGCAACAUCACCGAGAACACGAGACUGUUGAGUGACGUGCAGAACACGAUAAAGGACGUGAUAAACACGGUGCAGAGAUAAAGCCGCGAGCCGGCGGGUCGGGAAAAUCAAAACCUCACAGAGAGCGUCCCCUCCUCCACCCUGCGACACUUCUCCCCUUGUCUGCUCCCUCUCCCCCCCCUCCCCCGCCCAAAGUGUCUCCCCGCUGUGGACCGCGACAACUUAUCGAAACUCUCUGUCUCUCACUCUCAUUUUCCACUUCCACCUUCUCACUGUCUCUCCUCGGAUCCGUGGGCGUAUAGUAUAUAUAAAUCUACAAUUAUAAAUAUCUAUAUCUAAGUCACUAUAUGAUAAGGUCUGUCGAAGAGAGUGGUGUCCUUUUUGGGAGCCUAGCGACUAAUCUUCGAACGAAUAUAACAGGAGUAAAUUAGUGUGAAUAAGACCUUGAUCGACGAAUACGACUUCGCGACUGCAUGAUCUUUAGGGUGGAUUAAUCCAAAGUUGCAUGAACCGAACGAUCGCCGGUAUGCUGCCCGACAUGCAGAGGCAUACGGGCACACAUACACACGCGCACACACACGCAUACACACACGUACACUUUUAGAGCACACGUCAUAAUACUCGCAAUAACGGUACACACAGCUCGAACGGGAUCCUGUGCUGCAACUCUAAGUUCGUAUACAUUUACACGUUCGCCUGUUUACAGCAUUUGCGUUUUUUCGAAAGAGAGAGAUAUCCCGAGAGAUCGCGCGUAAUUCACGGGCCUGGCAGAAACUCUCGGCCUUAACCGACAUAAAAAGUAUACAUCUUUGCAUGAUUGAACAUUUCUAUGUCGAGACAUAAGACGGUUUUCAUAUACGAUGUAGUAAAUGUGUGUGAAAUGAUUGUAGCCACUGUGUGAAAAUUAAUCGGUCACGCAAAUUCUCCCGCGGCAGCGCGGAAAAUCGGUGUACUCGGCAUGAGAGAUACGUGAGAGUGGUCGCGCAUACGCGCGCGGAGACUGUCGACACGCUAAAUACUAAUUAUCUCGAGUCGCUUAAAUGUACCGCGUAAAAGAAUCGUUUCGUUUUACAUGUAAUUUUAUACACACGUCGUGCUUAGUAUAUACAUUAUAUAUUAUAUAUACGCGCGAGAUUUUUAGACUAGACUAUAUAUAUAUAUAUAUAUAUUAUAUAUAUAUUAAAUACGGACACGACUAAGGAAAUAAAAAAAAAGCGUAAAGAAGUCGUUUCAUGUGUACUGUGGGACAAUAUAACGAUUUUGUAUUUGUAUAGAGUAAGUUGGAUAACAGCUAUUACACUAAUCGUACGCCUACGUAAAUUGUACCCGAACAAACAACAAACAAACAAACAAGUAAACCAAGCAAGUAAGCAAGUAAGCAAACAAAAAAAAAGAAACGAGCCAACCGAAUGUAAUUGAUUAAACUCUUAAGUGUCGUGUGUGCUUCGUUCUUAUCCAUGACGGUAUGAAAAUGUUCUUCCAAGAGCACAAGAGUUAAGCAGAAAUAUUCGCCUGAAGACAUCCAUGAGAGGGGAACAGAGCAAUUGCGUUAACGUUAACUCACGAGAAGUGCAUCUUAAUCGAUAGUCGCGUAUAACGGGCGGGGAAAGGGGGACGAAGCGAGGGAGUUGGAACAAGUAGCGACGGAUAAUGAUUAUACGACGUGUCUGUUAUCUGUCUGUACAGUAUUCUCUAUCAUGCUAUUCUAUACAACGGAGAGUUUAAGUGUCGUCAUGCAUUUGUUCACGUUACUCGCACUCAAUCUUAUUCCGCGUUCGCCCGCGCUCGCGUCGCGUACGUUUCCAUAUAUUUCUCUUAGAGAUCUUUUUUCUCUUUUUGAGAGAUUUUCCUUUUGAUUUUUGAAGAAACGCGUAAGACUUAUACAUGAGUAAGAUUAAUAUUAUGGAGUUAAAUUUCUAUCGUUUAUAUAUAUAUAUAUAUGUAUACACGCGAGAGGGGACGUAAUGUUACAAAUGUCCGCGCCGAGGUGUGCUCAGAUCAACCGUACGCACUUCUUGCGGCAGGGGAACGAGUAUAAGCUAAGUUCUUUUGUAGUUUGUAAUACACGCCGACUUGUAGAACCUAUUGCUUCGAUUAGUGCUCCGACGGACUGAUUUGUUAAAAAAAAAGAAAUGGAGGUUUUCAGGCUUAUACUUCAUUCGGCUUGUGCUUAUGACACUAAGGGGAA